AUGGGCGUUUUUUAUUUUCUUUUGUUGGCGUGGGGAAGCGAAGGGAUGAUGGCGCUGAGAUGGUCUGCAGGGUGUUUGUUCGGUAUAUAUAUAUCUGUCACCCCGCUGCUUGAUUGUGCACUGGCAGUGGCCGGGGGUGGGUUGCCUCUGAACCUCUUCGUGUUUUUUUUUUUGAUUACUUCUGUAGUUUGUGGGUUGCCUGUGAUGAAUUUUUCAACUGUUGUGGGGGCGGAUGGGGUGCCGCAGGAGGCGUUGCUUGUGCGGGAGCGGUCGUUGCUGCAAGAGGCAGAGGCGUGGGUUACCAGCCUUCGCGCCCGUCUGGGGGCGUUGGAGUCGCGUGCGUCGGAUUACGGUGUUGGCCCGCCGCAUUCAGCGGGUUCAUAUUCCGCGGAAAAUGUGCGCCUGACGAACGGGGGGGCAGCGGCGUGCGGUGUGUCGCCCCCAUCGCCGGUCAUUUUUCGGGAUGUGGAGGAGCCUCGGCAACCGCACGCAACGUUGCAGCAGCAGCAGCAGGCGUGUGCAUCCCCGGGUGCCGCCGCGAUGGGCGAGUGCCGCUUUUCCGGCUCUGACGAGGAUGAAGAGUUGUGCGCCGCCAAAAGCGAAAACGCCGCACUUCUUGCCGCUGUUGAGGAGUGUCAACUGCGUCUCAGUGAAUGGCGGCAACGUCGACGGGAACAACAACGACAACCUCCAGGGCUGAAAAAGACGUCGAGGGGGGACGAUGGCGAGUGUGUUGGCGGUGCCCUCUCAUUGCUUGCUCGCUGUAGUUUUGCGGAGGCAAAAAGAAAUCGCCUGCACCGCGAAGUACAGGAGUUGUCGACAGCUUGCGACAACGAGCGUGCCGUUCAUGCGUCUAUUGCAGAUGAAUUGCAUCAUGUCUCUGCUUGGGCGGAGCGGGUUCACCGCAAACGUCUUCUGCUGAUGACGGAGAGGGCAGUGACAAUGGAUCUAGCGCGGGAGGAGCACGCAAACGCCAGCAUAACAGCCACACUGCAGGCGGUGCUGUCGAAACGCAGCAGCACAAAUGGCUCUUUAUGA